AUGGACGAAUUUGAGGCUCUCUUGCUCCUGGUCUACUUCGUGGGCUUGGGAAGCGGGAUCGGCCUUAGUUGGCUUUGCCGCUGCAAGCGGCUGCCAGUGGUUCCGGAAGCUCUGCCGGUUGGCGCUGAGGCAGCGGCGUUGGUGGUGGCAGAGCCUGUUGCGCCCGCAGAGCUUGGCGGUGAUUCGGGCAGAGCUCGUCCUGAUGAUGAUGAUGAUGAUGAUGAUGAUGAUGAUGAUGUGGAGAUUUGCGUCAUCUGCCAGGAUUCGCUGGUCAGCGAUGCUUCGGCCUUGUGGUGUGGCCAUCGGUUUCAUGGGGCCUGCGUGGAAGUGGCGUGUGUUGGCUUGGAUGCCUGCCCGUAUCGCUGUGAGACCUCCAACCAGGUCAUCCAACCGCUUGGUGUCGGCCACGCCGCGGCUCCUGGGGGCAAUGGUGCAUCUGAAUCUGAAGCCCAUGGCCUCUAUGAAGCAGCUGAGGCCGUGCAUCAUUAUCCACCCAAGGACAUGGCUGCAGACGUCGGCUAUCCAGUCCGUGGUGGGCAGACCCUUCUGAUUGCGUACUUUCCCUGGGAGGCUUCGGAGGCCGACAUCGAGCGCGAGUUUAGCAAGUUUUGCCGGGUGAAGCGUGUACACCUCGUGGUGGAUAAGUCUUCCCGGAAGCCGCGUCUUUCACCACUGGAGCCCUUGGAGUCCGGUCCUGCUGAUUUGCGUGGAAGAAACGAGGGGAUGCCGCCCCCACCUGCGGUGCUGCUCCUGUUUGAAGCGCGAAGCCAUGCAUCCGUCGGUGGCUUUGUUUUUGGUGGCGGAGUCUCCCCGCGGAUGGGUUCGACACUUGAACCAUCCUGGCGUGUUCGUUUCGCCCAAUAA